AUGUACGUAUCACAUACAGUGGUACUGUUAGCACUACUAUGUUGCGACAAAUCUCGCGCAGGAAACGAAGAUCUAACUAUCCCCAGUUUUACUGUCACCAAGUGCUGCAAGAAGGGACAACAACUUGACAAGACAGGUGAGCACUGUGUUCAGAGACCAGGCUGGCACGUGUCGUCUACAGGACAGGAGUUAAUGCGGCGUCCAAUGGAAGACAGCAGUGCCUACUGGGUGCCGUCUUUUCCUCGGAACGUUAGCAUCGUAGUUUUGUACGGUGAGACGAAAGCUGAUUGGAGAGCUCCAUAUAUGGACGCCACUGAUACAUUAGUCCAGCGAUUUCUAAAUAUCCAGUACCAAGAAGAAGAGUUCGAACUGAGCCCGUUUCAGGGUCGGGUAGACCCUUCGUCAGUUCGUGACCAGACGGUUUGUUUCGACGCAUUGGACGGGUCUCCACAACAAAUCGUUUUCGUCACUUCAGUGUUCCUUAGAUCGUUGUUUAAGUGUUGCGGAAAGGGGCAACGGAUUAACUGGAACACCAACGAGUGUGGCUCAAAAGCUGAGACCGAACUUCAAAAUGUUCAUGAAGAAAUACUCACACCGUUCGAAAAUAAUGGCAGUCACUGGCUCCCCGAACAAAUGAGAUCUAAUGUAGUGAGAGUUCUUUAUGGACAUCAUCCUCCGUACCAAUGCAACAUUCGCUUAAAUGCAGAUAGCAACUCCUGGCGUUUGCUUCGUCACUCUAACGUGUAUAAACUGUGGGUGAACACAAGUGGUUCGACAAAAACCACAGGGGGCGUUAGUAGGUUUUACUGCUUUGAUGAAGUAGAGGAAGGGCCGUUCUCGCGAAUUGCAAUGGCACUCGUCGCGCACGUCACCAAAUGUUGCGCCCGCGGGAAGACUUUCAGUGCCAAAGACAGCGCCUGCGCAAAAUCUUACGAUACAAGACAAAGUGUGGACUUUGAAGUGAUAAAUGUGAGCGCUAAUUUUUCACAUUCUGUGCCUUACUGGAUUCCUCCGCAACUACAUCAUUCCGGGUCACAGAUUACCGUCAAAUACGGCGACAAUUGGCAGCUCGACUCGCGGGCUAUUUUUUGGGCGGACGAUACAACGCAGUGGAGAAUCAAGUACCAGGAGUAUGAAGAACCGACUUUAGUGUUAACCCUAGUGCUGCCCUCGGGAGAUAAACGUAUUCUACGCACUCGUGAAUUUUGCUUCGAUGUUUUCGAUGAUCGUUUUAUGAAACCUAGAGUCAUUAUGGCGACACUUCCCUCUAAAGACGUUCACACUGUUUUCAAAUGUUGCUCCUUAGGAUGUCGGCUUUCAGAAAUGGGAUUCUGCGAAAGUAACUCUGGCGAUGAUUGGUCCCCUAAGCUUCUAACGGGUCCAAAAUACGUAGAAAAACCUGUAGUCAUGAAUGUUCACAAACUGGCCUACUGCAGAGAAAUCGCUUUUCAAGUCAUUCGAUCUCUCUCUGAAAAAGAAUUCGAGCUAGCGGAUGAGUUUCCUGGCUUAAAAACGUCAAAGAUGCAGUUCUGCUAUGAUAUGCAGCCUUCGGAGAAGGGUGACAAUAAAGGAGUGUUGGCGUACUGCAACGUGCUGCCAACCCUUCCCUUGUAUAUGAGAAUACGCCCACUGCAGGUAGUGGUAGCAGCCGUCCUUUUGGGGGCAGCUGUGGCCGCCAUUUUGAGAAGAGAGGACAUGCGACGGUCAGCACACGGCCUAGCGCUGGCUUUGCACGCAGCCUGUCUCAUGGUGUCCAACGCCUUGCAAGCCAUUUGGUUCUUUACGUCCAUUCCAAGCGCAGAAUGUGAUUUGUACGCUUACUCUAUCUACUUCUUUCUGAUGGCCAGCGCAUUAUGGUUGAAUGCAGUGGCAGCAAACAUGGCGUGCAGAUUUCGGCAACCUCUUGGGGUGCUAGCAAGUCGAAAUGGCGAUGGCUGGCGUCGCCUGGCUGUACUCUCAGCUUAUGUUUGGGGUGUCUCCAUCGCUAUGACCACCUUCUCCAUCUGCAUGGAUCGAAGUGACGAGAUGAUAGAGAAAGGCAUCAUUACGUCUUCGUUUUUUGAAACACGGACGUGUCGGUUUGAUCAAGCCAUUGCCAUUAAGGUCAGAGCUCCUGAUUUCAUUGCCAAAAAAUUGAACCACGACAUGGGCUCAUUGCUGUACUAUUACGUGCCAUGUGCGCUCUUGGUAUUUGCCAACUGUGUGUAUUUGUGGCUCACUUGGAGAAAGAUCAGGGAGUUGGGAGAAGACUCCUCCCUUCUGCAAAGUACUUCUAGUUCUCUCCGCAGCUCUUUGCUUUACGUCAAGUUGCUUCUGUCGGCGGGAGUGCUGGACCUGGUGCUGGAGAUGAUUGCGUGGGGCAUAAGACCUCGAAGUUUGGCGAAAGGCGGGGACUUCAUCGGCUUUUACGUUCAACUGACGGAGAACGCCCUUCUGUUCGCCAUCUUGGCGACGUUCGUGGACCUUGUGAGAGCCGCGGCUGUGCUGUGGCUGUGCGUGGGCCAGUGGGGGUGGUUGGGCAGAGCGUGGAGGUGGCUCCGGGAGAGACUGCCUUGGAGGAAGGGCACCGCCUACCAAGUGGAGGAGACCAGUAAAUCGUCCUGUGUGCUAACACCUCAAACAAUGUCGGAAAAUAACGAAGAAUCAACUGCAACUAGUAUUAUGUAAUUAAACUAGCUAAAAUGCUAUUUUCCCCCUCUAUCUUUAUUUUUGGCCGCAUCAACGACUAAGGCUAUAAGUGACUACAAUGAUUUAUAUCACGUGUUUCGACAAUUAUGAUUUCAUCCAUUAUUACAUUAACAUAAGUAUCAUAACAUAGUAUAGCAUCACGUAUUAUUUAUUUUACACAACAUAAUCAUAUAGUAUCAUCAGGGUAGGAUAACAACAUAUCUCGAAGUCAUGAUUCUGCUAUCAGUGUUAUAUUUAUUGAAUGUCAUUUAAUGUAUUUUUUUUGGUUAAAUUUGACAAUCUGAUUCUCAAUGGGGAUAGACUACAGGAUUUUCUGUCUCAUUCGGAUUAAAAUACGUUAUUAUAA